AUGUCGUCGCUAUUUUCGCGUAAAAAGGACAAAGACAAGGAUGAGAUGCCGGUGGUGGCCAAGAAGCCGCCGGUGCCCCCGAAGCGGAACAAGCUCUUCUCCUUGGGCUCAUCCCAAAACAGUCGCGAAGGCCCCCCACCCGCCGAGCCGACGAAGCCACUCCCCUCAUCCUCCGUCUCCUCUAGCCAGAAUCUCGACGAUUCGACGCGCAGUCGAGCCAGCACUAAUCCAGGCCCUCAACCGCUGGAGCUGAACUACGGUAAUGUGAGGGACGAGGAGACGUUCGCCCAGCGGAUGCAGGCAUUUUUGCAGAGUUCUAAUGCUCUCCAAGCUGUCCAAGUCAACCAACGACGUCUCCAGCUCAAACGAGGCCUAGCAGGCGAUUUUGGCUUCACGAUUCGCCGGGUGCAAUUCCCGUUCAACGGCGUGCUGAAGACGAUCGUGUUCGCCGAGCCAUCCGAGAUAAAGCCCGGCCCGCCACGGCCGGAUGAUAUUAAAAAAGGCCUCCUCCCCGGUGAUCAACUCGUCGAAAUCGAUGGGAAACGAGUGGAUGCCCUGAAUCGGGAUGAGAUCAACGAUGUUGUGCGGCAGGCUGGAGAUGUUAUUUCCCUAACCGUCCGUUCCGUACCUGAAUUGGCCGAAUUCUGCGAUCGCCACCGUGGGCCGAGAGAUGUUGGGGAUAGUCUACUCCUGACUGAUGUUGACACGAAUGCGCACGAGAAUAUCCCAGAGGAUGAGAGAUAUUGGCUGAUACAUCGAGGCGGAUAUACGGUGGCUAGGUUGAAGGAACAUCUGCCUGAUGGCAGGGCAUUGGUCGCUGUCGCUGGCCGUGAAAUGACAGUCGACCCAACAGACGUAGACCGUGCCAAUCCCUCACGCCUUGAUCGAGCCCCCGAUCUUGCUCAACUCCGAUACCUCAACGAAACUGGAGCUGUCCAUCUCCUGAGACAACGUGGUGGCAGCAAUCUGUGCUAUACAAAUGCUGGCAGUGCAUCUCUGAUAUGUCUGGCAACGACACAAGAACCCGGGGUUCAAGAGAGAUUGUUGACGCUGUUUAAGGGUUGCCGCCGUGGCCAAAUGCCGCCCCAUAUCUACGCGACGGCCCAGCAGGUCUACAGAUACAUCCAAAUGACGGCAAGCCCGCAGGCCGUGCUCUUCACCGGAGUUUCCGGAUCCGGAAAAUCCGCCCAGCUCCGCUCGUUUGUACAGUACCUGGCGGCAGUGGCUGGCUGGACCAAGACGUUGCCCUAUCCGAAAAUCGCGGACGCGUUCAACAUCCUCGAGGCGUUCGGCAACGCAUCGACGACGUUGCAUCGAGACUCGACCCGAUUUGUCCAAAUGUUCCAGCUGGGCUUUGAUAAAGCCGCAGCGUUGAGAACCGCAAAAAUCCAAUGUUGCCUUCUGGAGAGUGAUCGUGUGGUGAAGAGGCCCGAAGGGGAAUCCUCAUUCCACGUCUUCUACUACCUGUGGGCCGGCGCCGAUGCCGAGCUUCGCCAACGACUUGGCCUCGAUUCGAUCGAAUCCCCAAUGAUUGGGCCGAUACCGGGCGGUGAGGCCCGUCAACAGUACAUCGAGGGCUGGAGCCGUCUGCUUGAAGCCUUCCAAUCCCUCGGUUUCACCCGGGCUCAAAUCGAUGCGAUCUGCUCGUUGCUGGGCGCUCUUUUCCACCUUUGCAGAGCCGAAGCCUCGCCCGGCCCGGCGCAACGUUCCCAAUUCCUUCGCGCACCUCACGCAAGACAAGCAGCUGCCCUGCUUGGAGUCAGCGAAGCCGAGCUGGCCACCACCAUCUUCCGGUCAUCUACCGGAGCGGCCCAGGCGAAUACGAGUUCAUCGCUUAGCCGUAUGUCCCUGCUAAGCCGUGGUCCCGAGGGCCCCGAAGCGCUCUCCGUCUUCUGCGCGGCCCUCUACUCGGAGCUGUUCGGCGCGGUGGUCGAUACAAUCAACGCCGCGCUGGCUGUAAAUAUGCCCUGUACAUCGGUUACGCUGAUCGACAUUCCGGGCGCGAAUUUCAACGCUGCCUGGGGUGAAGAAGGGCGAAGACGUGCUUCUGGCCUGAAUGAUCUCGUGUACAACUACGUGAAUGAACGAGUGGCCGAACUUUUCCACGAUAAGGCAUUUGCAGAGAUGGAUCAGCUGUACACACGCGAGCAAGUGGAUGUGGACGUGGAAAAACCGCUCGGCUCGCCGCACGCCCUGAAUCGGCUGCUCGAUCAGAAACAGCACUUGGUGAACUGCACGGAUGUGGACCGUCGAUCGGACGAGAUGCGUGGGGUAUUUCCGAUUGUUGAAGAGGAGAGCUGCUAUCCGGGCGCCACUGAUGAGAGCAUUGUCGAUCGCAUAUUUAUACAUCUUGGGGACCAAUCCAGAUUCAUCCGUCGUGCCACCCGUCAACGCCAAUUUGUCGUCGCCCACGGCCUCGAUUCCCAGCCGACCACUUAUGACGUUACAGGCUGGGUUCGACAGGCACAAGCGAGCGAUCCAUCCAUUGGGCUCCGGAAAUUGUUGUAUGCCAGCAAUAGUGCCACGCUGCGAGAACUGCUUGCCCCGAGCGGACUGUCGGCUGGCGAUUCAAAUCUGAAGCUACGCCGGGCCACCCAAUCCGUUACGUCAUGACUACGUCUUUUCCGUUGUACGCCGCUCACCUCGUGCCCAUUUCGUGCACUGUAUACAGCCGUCGCCGAACAGUGGAAGCUCUGCGCAGCCUCCGGGCUUUCGACGCAGGACCCGGUGGAUGUGCCAUUUGUCAGGGGGCAAAUGCGAAGUAUUCUGCUGAUCGACACAGUGAGAGCGAAUAACAGGGGAUACCCCGAGCGAGUGUCGUUCCGUGAUUUCCGGCGUCGUUUCGGUUGUCUGACAGAUGAUGGCCAUGGCGCAGCGACGAUCGAUGAUGAAAUGGAUGACCGAGCGGCCGUCCAAAAGAUCAUGGAUCGAAUGGAUAUUCAUGCGCAUCGCUAUCGACUCGGCAUCAGUCAGGUGCUGCUCCGCUCCGACGUCCUUUCCGAGCUGGAAGACCGCAGGGAUCUGGGUCUCUCGGGUCUCAUCGUCGCCUUCCAACGAGAAGCCCGUCGUCACCUUGCCACCAAGUGGCUACAGAAGCGUCGCGUACUCGAGACCGCCAUUCGGUGCAUACAGAAAAAUGGUCUCAGCUACAUGCGAGUCCGUGAAUGGCCAUGGUGGCGUGUCUACACUCGUGUACUCCCUCUUCUACCCCUCAAUCGAGUAGAUGAUGAACAUCGAGAAUGGGCUGAACGUGUUCGCCAGCUUGAGCAUCAACUGGCCGUCAGCAAGAAGGAGAAGUCGCGCCUCGAAGGAAAAUGCUCGGAGAUGGAUGAAGCCCUGGGACGAGAAGCCGACGCAGUUGUUCAGCUACGCGGCGAACUGGAGGCUGAGCGUCAACAGCGGAUGGUUGUUGAGAGAAGAGCCGCUGAUGGGGAUAGACUGUCGAGAGUAUCAUCUGUUGCUCAUUUUGAGGGAGAGGGAAGGGAGAAGGAGUGGAAGAUGAAGCUCGAACAGACGCUCGAACAGCUGGAGAUGCUCAAGGCGAACACGCAGCGGACCGUGCAGCAGUUGGCUGAGGUGCGCGCCGAGCACGAGGAAACGCGGGCCCGGAACGAAACACUGGAAAAGAAGCAGGCAAGAUUCGACGAGGAGCUCCGUGCUGUACAAAUGGCGGCCGAGGAGCAGAGGGUCGGAAAGGAGAAGGCGAAUCGAGAGAGGGAUGAGGCGCAGCAGACAUUACUGAGGAAGAGGGCCGAUUCGGAGGCGUUGAAAUCGGAGAACCAAGAGCUACGAACGAGCAUCAGCCGGCUGAAGAGGGAAAUAGAGGAGGCGCAGGAGAAGGAGACAUCGGCGGACGCGGUCGAGCUGGUCCAAUUGCGGAAGGGAAAGAGGGAGAUGGAGACAAAACUUCACGAUCAGGAAGAAGAACUGGACGACCUGGCCGGCCAGCGGCAAUUACUCCAACAAAAUGUGACUCGAUUGGAGAUGCAGCUGGAGCGGAUGAAGAAUGACCUGUCGCGGAAUAGCCAGGCGAGAGAUGUCGAGACCGAAGAGUUGAGGGCCCAAUAUCAGCGGAGGGUGCGAGCAUUCGAGGAUCAAAUCGUCGACCUGCAAGACCAGAAUGCCGCCCUCCUCAAGCAGAACAGAUCGCUCGAGCAGAGGACGCGCAAUUUCGACGCACAAAGCGUAUCGCUCGAGCUAUCGGGUGGGCACUACAAGCGAGAGCUUCGCAAGGCCCUUGCCCUGCUCGCUGACACGCGGACCGUUCUCGCCCAUGAGCGUGAUAAUAAUGGGGGACAGGCCCUCAUUCGACAGUUACGCGAUCAACUCGAAGACGCCGAGGCGACAAAACUGUCGGCGUUGAAGGGAAGGCACGGGCUCGAGUCGGAACUCAACGAAUUGAGGGCACAGAUCGAGCAACUUUUGGCCGGGAAAUCGGCGGCCGAGGAGAAGGUGCUGGCGCUGAUGCGCGAGAAGAAUAGCACGGCAGCCGUGCUUGACGAUAAGGACGAGCAAAUCCAGCAGCUUCUCAAGAAAUACAAGGCCGCCGUCCAGCAAAGUCAUAUUGAUGGCAUCCAGAUUGCCGACUAUAUUGAACAGAUUGCCGACCUCGAGCGGGCAAAGCAAAAGCUGGCCGAGCAGUUGAACGAGCGGAGUUCGCAGCUCGAAUUUUUGGAGCAACACACGGUGGAGAAGCACAAGCUGAUUCUGGCCGAUCAGAAGAUUCGCGAGCUGGAGGCCAAGCUGGAUGUGGAGAUGAUGAUGAAGCAAAAGUUGGAGUCGGAUUUGCACCGAUCAACCGAUGAGGCUGAAGCAUUGACCGAGCAGAUGAAGGAGGCCUAUAUUGCCCGCGAUAGGGAGGUUGAAGCCGCGAAAAAGCUUCGUAAAGAGCUAGUGGCCGGCCAGGAAUCGCUGGAGACGAUGCGAAAACGAGAUACGGAGGGGCAUCACCGGCUCAAGUUGCAGCGCGACGAGUCGGAGGGCCUCCUGGAAAAGUUGGCCUCCGCGCAGGCCGAGCUCAAGAUGGCCAACAAACGCAUCGACAACUUGCAGGCGGCGCUGGCCCACAACCUGGGCGAGUCCGACCAGGAGUUGUCCGAUUUGGACGAGCUGGACGAGGAUGACGAUGGCGUCUAUGAGAAUGGAAAAGCGCAUCUCGACGAUUCGACAAGCACUAACGGGAUGCAUAUUUUA